UAUGCCACCAAAGACAAGCGGUAAAGCAGCGAAAAAGGCUGGAAAAGCUCAAAAGAAUAUUUCGAAGAGCGACAAGAAAAAGAAGCGCAGGAGGAAGGAAAGCUAUGCAAUCUAUAUUUAUAAGGUAUUGAAGCAAGUACACCCCGAUACCGGUAUUUCGAGCAAGGCGAUGAGCAUCAUGAACAGUUUCGUUAAUGAUAUCUUUGAACGGAUCGCCGCUGAAGCUUCUCGUCUUGCGCAUUACAACAAGCGUUCGACGAUUACGAGCCGGGAAAUUCAAACAGCGGUUCGUCUCUUGUUGCCUGGUGAAUUGGCAAAGCACGCAGUCUCUGAAGGUACCAAAGCCGUCACCAAAUACACAAGUUCAAAAUAGAGAAGUUUUUUCUUUCAUCGUUUAAAAAGAAGAAAAAAAUGAAAUCGGUUCUUUUCAGAA